AAAAAAACUGUUCUUUUUUUCUCUGUCUCUGCAAUAAAGUGGAAGAACCAGACAGAGAGAGAGAUGUUUGGUCGAUCUAUCCCUCUUAUGUCUAUCUUGUUUUGUAUAAUAAACAAAAGAAGAAGCUGAUUCAGGGAUACUGUGAAAGAAGCUUCAAAAGAUUUUUUUUUCAGGUUAGCUAUGGGAACUCCUGCAAUCGAUACCUCUGGUGUGGAUUCGGAUAUAUACAGUGCGUUGGGAUUCAAAGAAUUGGGUAAAGGAGUUGUUGGAACUCCACGGAUUUUAUCACUUCUUUCUUCACUACUCGAGAAAUCUGUCGAAAAGAAUGAAACGGAAUCGGAGACGGUGAACUUUAAAGAUGAUGUUGCAAUCUUUCAUGGUUUAAGAGCUCCCACCAUAAGCAUUCAGCAUUAUAUUGAUCGUAUCUUCAAGUAUGCUGGCUGCAGUCCUUCGUGCUUUCUCGUUGCGUACAUUUAUGUGGACAGAUUCGUUCAACAAACCGAUGUGCAUUUGACUUCCCUUAAUGUCCAUCGUCUCCUUAUAACCAGUGUAUUGGUGGCCGCAAAAUUUGGUGAUGAUGCGUUUUUCAACAACGCAUACUACGCUCGAGUGGGCGGGGUAAGCACAGCUGAGUUGAACAGGUUGGAGAUGAGUUUCUUGUUCAGUCUAGAUUUCAGACUUCAAGUAACCGUCAAUACGUUCCAAAGAUACUGUUCCCAGCUGCAAAAGGAAUCUUUGGACGUUCAUCAAAUCGAACGGCCAAUCCGAGCCUGUGGUAUUAAAGAUACUUGGCAGAGCAAAAGUGAUAAAAAAUGUGCUACCACAAUUUUGAGAUGAAGAUACGGAGCUUGUCGACAUCGGGUGAUACAUACGGAUGCCGAAAAUGUAGGUUUAGUGAUGAUUCUUGAAGAAACAGCAAAGCUUGGUCCUUUUACGUCAGUUGUGUGGGCGUUAGUUAGCAUGAUGGUUUCCAUCGUUUUCAUGAAGGUUUGUUAUUACUUAGCGUGCAUCUUGUGUUAUUGCUUUUGUAGCGCAAAAGGCAAUGUUGUUGUUGUAUAUU